GAAAAUUAGUAACUAAAACAACAGUUUUGUGUUCUACUUAUUAUAUGAGAAGCUAAUUUCAACUUUGAAGAGAGAAGAGAGAGGUUUCUGCUGAGGUUUGGCUCUAAAUGGGGGGUGAAGAUAAUUGGGACGGCGGCAUAGCUAUGGCACCAGCCAUGAUGAUGGCUGCACAAAAUACAGAGAGAGAAGAAGAGCAGUGGAGGAACUUUAACAACUCAGUCAAUGCAGUUUCCUUGGGUUUUGUUGCUACUGCCAUUCUCAUAUCAAUGUUUCUUGUUAUGGCUAUUUUUGAGAGAUUUUUCAGGCCCAGAUCAUCACAUCUGCCUUCAACUUCUCGAACCACUCGUUUCGAUCUCCAGCAACAGAUUGUCUACCAGAAUCCCAAGCUUGAUCACCACUCUCCCAAAAUGACAAGUUAUGCCAGAGAAGUUUCUGUGGUGAUGCCUGGAGAAGAUAUUCCUACCUUCAUUGCACAUCCUGCACCUGCACCAUGCCCCAGAGAGCAUGCCGCGUGGCCUCUGCAUCAACACAAGCCAUGCCUCAACCCCUCCUCCUCAAGCUGAAUUUCUAGUCAUGCCUAGAAAUCAGCAGAAUCAUACCUAGUUUUCAACAAAAGUGCUUUCAGUUUCAGACAUUAUUACAACUUGGGUUAGUUAUUGACAAUCACAUUAGUGUUUUGAACCUAGGAAGGAAGCUAGUAACCAGAAAGACUCAUCAUCAGCACAAGGAUAUGUAAAUUCCACUUAUGUAUAUGUUUUCUUGGUAGCUCAUUUCAAUUCUAUGUAACUUAAGUUUGUGGCUUUGUUAGCCUGCGGUGGAUGAAAA